AUGACUACAUUGACAACUGAUCUUAGAAUCAAAUGGGAUAGUCAGGUACCUAUUUCAUGUUUACAAUUUGCUAAAACAGAUUCUGACUUAUUGGCGAUUGGCUCAUUUAACGGCUCUGUUUCUUUGUACAAAAUUAAAAAGCAUCAGAAUGAUUAUGCUGAAAUCCAUACCUUUUAUCAUUCUAAUCCUGUAUUAUCUAUAUGCUUUGAUGGGGACAUUGGAUUAUUUAGUGGUGAUUUAAAAGGUACAAUUAAAUACACUUCAUUCAAAACAAUGAAAACAAUAAUUUUUGGUCAACAUGAAAGUGGAUUUGGCAUUUCAAGAAUAUGUAUCUCAUCUUCAUCUCAUAGACUUUUUACAGGAAGUUAUGAUGGUUUUCUUUUAGUUUGGAAUAUUCCUGAUAAAGCAGUAACUGUUUCUUUAAACGUUGGUGAGAAAGUAUUUGCAAUGGAUAAUAAUAAGGAUUACAUUGUUGUUGGCACAUCCAAACAAAGUUUGUAUACAUUUGAUUUAAAUAAUCUUAAUGCUCCUCCAACAAUUAGAAGGGAUGUUACAAAAUAUCAAAUAAGAGAUUUGAAGAUUUUAAAUGAUUCAUCAACGAUUGUUAUUGGAACAAUAGAAGGACGAGUUGCUGUUGAGCCAUUGGAAGAAAAUGAAGAAUCAAAAGACAAAAAAUAUGCUUUUAAGUGUCAUAGAAAAAAAGAUAAAGUUAAGGAAUUUGUAUAUCCUGUCAAUGCUAUUGCUGCUCAUCCACGUGAAUUAGCUUUCUCUACUGGUGGAUCAGAUAAAAGUAUUUUUACAUGGAAUCCAGUUAAAAGAAAGAGAAUUUCUCAAUUUCACGAUCAACCUGAUAGUAUUCAAUGUUUGGAUUACAAUUAUACUGGAGAUCUUCUUGCUAUCGGUUGUACAUAUUUAGAUGAAUUGGAAGAAAGAAAUGGCGAUUCAUGUUGUGCAGUUAUUGUAAAAGGAAUAAAACAUGAAGAUGUCAUUUUAAAAUAA